CAGGGGUCAGAGGUUGCGGCGCUGGUAACCUGUGUCACCUGUGUGUUGUGCUAUCGGCAGGAUGGGUGACCCGGGGGCGGACAGUCUACAGGGGGAGACCCGGCGUAGGCUGGCACGGUACAGCGCCCUCAGAGGUAAAGAAGCGCCGGCUGGGGAAUUCUGGGACGUGGUUGUCAUUACCGCGGCCGACAAACAACAGGAGCGGGCUUAUGACCAGCAGAUAGCUGAUAAAGUGGCGCGGCGCGAGCUUCCUCUCGGAGUUCGUUAUCACGUUUUCUCUGAUACGCCGGGACCCAAAAUAGGAAAUGGCGGGUCGACACUGUACGCUCUGCACUGCCUGCAGCAGCUGUAUCCCAGUGCAUUGGAUUCCUAUAAGGUGAUCCUGAUCCACGCCGGCGGUUACAGUCAACGAUUGCCGAACGCAAGCGCGCUGGGCAAGAUUUUUACAGCUUUACCUUUCGGUGAUCCUGUGUACCAAAUGCUAGACCUGAAGCUGGCCAUAUACAUCGACUUCCCUGUCAAUAUGAAUCCCGGCGUAUUGGUAACGUGCGCCGACGACAUAGAGCUCUACAGUAGCGGCGGUUCGGCAGUCACAUUCGACAGACCGGGCAUCACGGCUCUAGCUCACCCAUCGACGCUGGAAAUAGGAACCACGCACGGGGUGUUCGUAUUGGAGAAUUCGGCCUCUGAAUAUGAAGAUUUACAAAAUAGAAUGUGCCGGUGUUACCUUCACAAGCCCAGCAUUGGCAAAAUGUACGAGAAAGGGGCUGUUACUCUUAACCCAAAGAGACCUGGUCUUUCGAGAACCCAGUUGGGCGUCUCCACCACAUCUGAAGUCGUCUACACAGACAGUCUAUUCUACAUGGAUCACAGUACUGUGAAGGUGUUACUAGGGUUCUAUGAAGAAUUAGGGAAUAUCACCUGUGAAAUCGACGCCUACGGGGAUUUUUUGCAAGCCCUGGGACCCGAUGCGACUUUGGACUACACGGAAAACACGGCCAACGUCUCGAAAGUGGAGUCUCAGCUCGGGGAAGUGAGAAGAAAUAUCUACUUUCUCCUCCGAGGAACAGAAUUUACCGUCAUCGUCUUAAACAACUCCAAAUUCUAUCACAUCGGAACUUUACAAGAAUACUUGUAUCAUUUCACUUCUGAUACUUCCCUCCAGGCAGAACUCGGAUUACAGUCGAAAGUUUUUAGCGUCGUUCCGGAUCAAGAUGAAUAUUUCAGUCAAAAGGCCUGUGCCAUUCAAAGCCUAUUAGAUGCAAAAUGCAAAGUUUCACCUCACACAGUCAUUGAAUAUUCCAAGCUGGGCCCUGAUGUGUCCGUGGGGGGAUCCUGUGUUAUCAGCGGCUCAUACAUAAGCAUUAGAUGUGUCAUCCCAGACAAAUCUUUCCUGAGUUCAUUAAGUCUGAUGAUUGAUGGCCGAGUAAUGUAUGCAACAAUCUUGUUUGGGAUUGAGGAUAACUUAAAGAAAAGCGUAAGUUCCUUGUCUGAGCUGAACUCUCUUCAGAUAUUUGGAACAAGCCUUGUUCAGUGUCUGGAGCUCUGGGGCAUCCGAGCUUCUGUAGAGCUUUUCUCUGGCGACAGUAAGGCUUUGAGUUUAUGGAACGCCCGUAUUUUCCCGUGUUUUGCAUCAUUACAAGAAUCUGUUUGGGCCUCGGUGGAGAUGCUGAAGGCGAUGAACAGCGAGUCGGCGGUGAGUCUUGGUGAUGCCAGAGGGGUUUCCAUCGAGGAAAUGUUGUCACAUAAAAACAUUAAUGAAAUGUUGAGAUUCAGACAAAGCCUUUAUGAAGAAAUCAAAAAUCAUCAGAGUCAACAAAAAUAAGGGAAUCUUAUUAAAAUAAGCACUCCAGGUUUUUUUUUUUUUUUUGCCAGUAUCACGCACAAUGACCAAAACUAGUCAUACAGCUAUAUAUUUAUUUUCUAGCACAACUGCAUCCAUGUGUUUCAUUACUGUAACUUGGUCAUGUGAUCACCAGUCAGCUGACUUUCUGUGAACUACAGGAUUAUAUAAUUACCUAUCAAACUCACCUGACAGCUCACAGACCCCUCCCCUCCAGCUGUAUCUGUAUACUGCUGCUAUCUCUAUGGGAUCAGAAGAUAUUGUAGUUAUACACCUCCCCUCCAGCUCUAUCUGUAUACUGCUGCUGCUAUCUCUAUGGGAUCAGGAUAUAUAGUAGUUAUACCCCUCCACUCCAGCUCUAUUUGUAUAUUGCUGCUAUCUUUAUGGGAUCAGGAUAUAUAGUAGUUAUACACCUCCCCUCCAGCUUUAGCUGUAUACUGCUGCUGCUAUCUCUAUGAGGUUAGGAUAUAUAGUAGUUAUACACCUCCCCUCCAGCUCUGUCUGUAUACUGCUGCUGUCUUUAUGGAAUCAGGAUAUAUAGUAGUUAUACAAUCUUUUAUUUGAAAAUAAUCUUCAUAAAAUUUACAAACUAUUUACAAACAAAAUAAAUUAAGAAAAAAGACAACAAAAGAAAAAUGUCUUAAUGAACAAAAGCUGAUACAUGAAUAUUUCUCCAGAAUUCAUUAUCAGAGUUCACACUCUUAUCUUUCUCAUAUAUAGUCUUUAGAGAAUUCAUGACGUUCCUGACCACGGUAUUUACAGACAUCUCCUCUGUAUUCAUGGUAUGACAGCAGCGCCCCCCAUAGAUGAUAGACACACACGGCAUUGAUGGCAUACAAUGUACUCUUAUUAUUACUUCAGGUCACCUCACUUUCUUUUGUCCUUUGGCCCCCCAUCUCUUAGAGGACACAGGCACCUCAAUGUCUUUCUCCUCCUCCUCCUGGACACUUGGGGGACACAUUUCGUCGCCAUCUUCUCCCAAGACACUGAACCUCCCUGGUGAGAUCUCUACAGCAGAUGACGCCUGGGACUUUACAUGUUUGCUGAACUCAAACUCAAAAGAAGUAUUUUUCCUCUUUACCACCUGAAAUCCGUCCUCCACAUCACACUCCAUGGCUCCUCCUCCACAUCACACUCCAUGGCUCCUCCUCCACAUCACACUCCAUGGCUCCUCCUCCACAUCACACUCCAUGGCUCCUCCUCCACAUCACACUCCAUGGCGCCUCCUCCACAUCACAC